AUGUUAGCCAUGUGCCAGGUGCCUCAGGGCGCAACUGAUACCGACGCAUCGGCACCUGGUGUACCACAGGCCCAAAGCACGGGAGCAUCGACUCCAAGCUCAGCGCAUACUGUCCCCGCCGGAGGGCCCUCACAUGUUCACGACGUGGAAGUGUCCCCUUCCGGCCAGACGGCUCUUCCUGAGCCGGACCGCUUGCGCCAAGAAGAGGAGUUGGGUCAGUAG